AGACCCCCGGCUCCUCCGCCGCCGCCGUCACAGCCUUGUCCUCCAGCUCUGGUUCCUCCGCUUCCUGUUGCAGCUAUCUGGGCCCCGAGCUGCGGGCGCCCGGGCGCCCGAGGUUUCCCGGUACGCUCCGCCAGGAUGGCAUUAGCUCUGUGUCUGCAGGUGCUGUGCAGCCUGUGUGGCUGGCUCUUGCUCUAUAUUUCUUUCUGCCACCUGAAUAAGCACCGAAGCUAUGAGUGGAACUGCCGGCUGGUCACCUUCACCCAUGGAGUCCUCUCUAUAGGCCUCUCCGCUUAUAUUGGCUUCAUUGAUGGCCCAUGGCCUUUUACCCACCCAGGCUCACCCAAUACACCUCUCCAAGUUCACGUUCUGUGUCUCACCUUGGGCUACUUCAUCUUCGACUUGGGCUGGUGCAUCUACUUCCAGUCUGAGGGUGCCUUGAUGCUGGCUCAUCACACAUUGAGCAUCUUGGGCAUUAUCAUGGCCCUCGUGCUUGGGGAGUCCGGCACAGAGGUCAAUGCAGUCCUCUUUGGAAGUGAGCUUACCAACCCCUUGCUACAGAUGCGCUGGUUUCUCCGGGAAACAGGGCACUAUCACAGUUUCACUGGAGAUGUUGUGGACUUCCUCUUUGUGGCUCUGUUCACAGGAGUGAGGAUUGGUGUAGGAGCUCGCCUCCUUUUCUGUGAAAUGGUCUCCCCCACGCCUAAGUGGUUCGUGAAGGUUGGGGGAGUAGCAAUGUAUGCUGUGUCUUGGUGUUUUAUGUUUAGCAUCUGGCGCUUUGCAUGGAGGAAGAGCAUCAAGAAGUACCAUGCUUGGAGAAGCAGGCGGAGUGAGGAACGGCAGCUGAAACACAAUGGACAUCUCAAAAUACACUAGCCAAGGCUUGCUCCAGGUUAUGGAUUGGGUUAAGUCAGCCGUGGGAACCAGGUUGGAAAUAUGACUGUUACGGAAUUAUGCUUAUAACAAACUUAGGUUUCAAAAAAAGGGCUAAAUUUAUCGAUCAAUUUGGUCAGUCUUCAAGCCGGGCAUAUUUCAGUAUUAAAACCCUAACUUCUACAGUGGCACAGUUGUAGAAAGUGAGAAUACUCCUUGGUAGUUGGGAUUAAGAACUGUGAAGCGAGUACUACAGGCAUUUGCUUUCAUUUGUGGUGACCCUGGGUCCUCCUUCCCUGGGAGGUUUGAUGUCCGGGCAGCUUAGAAAGGAACUCGAAAGAUUAGUGCCAUUUCUUGUUCCUUUGAGAAGUAACUCUUUCAAUAAACACUGAUUUCUGCUUUCCAUGUAGCAAUUUAUCUAAGUUUACCCCAUUUACUAUAAAGUGAGGGGCUUUUAGGAAGACACACGCCUUUGGCAUUUUGAACAUUUGAUCAGGGAAUUAGUUCUGCUUAAACAGAGGGGGAUAGGAGGGCGAGAGUAAAACUGGCAGUGAGGAGGAGGGUUACUUACUGAACCUCCUAUACCAACUGUGCUAGAGGUCCCCAAGACCACUGUCAGGUUACGUGAUUCUCUGGGAGGACUCAGAGGACUCAGCAUAUAGUCUUACUCAUAGUUCUGAUUUAUUAUAGUGAAAAAUACAAAGAAAAAUCCGUAAAAGGAGAAGGCACCUGAGAAAAAGUCUCGGGAAACUAGGCACAAGCUUCCAGAGUCCACUCCCAGUGGGAUCACACAGGAUACGCUUAAUUCCCCUAGCAAUGAUUUGUGACAUGCGAAUGGGUUGUCUACGGGAGAACGUCAUUACAGACUCAGUGCCCAAAGUUUUUACUGGGGACAGGUCAUCUAGGCAGCCUUUCUCUAGCGGGGAGCAAAAUUCAAGACUCUCAAAAGGAAAACAGGUGUCCAGCAUAAGCCAUAUUAUUUGCAUAAACAGUUCAGAUACAGUAAACCAGUCUUAUCAGUUAAUGGUGGGAGCCCUUCCAAAAUCUAAGUUCCCAAAUGCCGGCCAGUGGCCAACCCUGUAAUCAGGCCUCUCCAAGGAUAGCAGUUUAGGCCUGCUAUGUUAACUCUUUGAUGCACAAAACCUAUAGAGUUAGGGCUUUGGAUUUGAGAUGAAUGAAGUGUGGGAGAUUUACUGAGUUCUGUUAUACAGUUCUGCCCUACCAGGAAAACUAUGCCAGUUCUCAGGGCUUUUGUGCAUUAAUCUCCUAGGCAUUUGAGGCUAUGACUAAAUUCCAUAGGGAUUUACCAUGUGGAUUCCACUGUGCUUGAGAUGGCAGUUUAGAUUUCAGCUCUGCUGUACAUAUUGCAAACUAGAACCAAAGACUUUAAAGUAUGUACUGGCCUCAGGGGGGUGAGGUUAAUUUCUUUUUUUCAUUUUAGAUACAUUCCCUUUUAGUACUCUUCCCUUUUUCUUAUUUCUAUUAAAAAGGUACCACUCUAUGGACAAACUAAUAUGACAAGGUCAAUCUUGAAAGGAAAAAACAUAAUAAUUCUUAGUGUGACAGUCUCCAAGAGAAGCAAGAACAUAAACUUAGAACAAGGGGUUAAGAAUCAAGAAUUCCUGGGUUCUUUUAACUAAUUUCGCUACUCACUUGCCAGAUCAUUUGGAUAGGUUACUCGUUUAUUAUUUGUCUGAGUUUAAACCUAUUGUAAAUGAAUAAAAUACCCUGUUAUAUAUUUCAUAGAGACAUUAUGUGGCAUUUUAUUAAUGGAGGUCUUUAAAAUAGGGCUUUUAUGGAAAUAUGAAGUAUUUAUUGAUUAUUUUUACCAUGUUAUUUAGUUCAAUGAUGUUUGACUAGCUCAGUGGGUGAGCAAGCAUAUGGUGCUACUGGAGCCAAGGCUGGUCAGUAGGAAGUGUCAGUCCAUUCCAUGGCCACUGGUAAUCUCACGUAAUGAGGAGUCUCGAAAAUGGAUGUCUUGGCCACAGAAACCAAGCAUGAGGGAGUGGUUGGAAUGGUGUAAAGUCAUCACUGUUAAGGGAACAGUAACUUUAAAAGCAUGUUAACAGUGGAUCUUUCAAAAUAAUAUGAAAGAGUUUUGCUGGUCAUUGAGAUAAUCUGACAGCAUCUCCACUCUUUUUUUUUAAUCUCCACUUUUUAUUUUUUCUAUCAUGAGUGCCCCUAAAAUGCUGGUGAGCUUCUUUCCAACAAAAUUGCAGUCAAAGUAGGAUGCUGGGGAAUGCUGAUUUUAGCAAAAGCCUAGCAGAAAAGAGUGGCUUGGCACAUGAGCUUAAAAAAUAAAAAAGCUGGCUCUUGAAUUUUGGCACAGUGCAACCUGUUCCAUACCAGACAAAUGAACAGGCUUAAUCUGGUACCAAUUCUUUUUCUCUCUUACUCCCCAGAAGUGAAGGGACUGCAGAUCUUGCUGUUUGGAGACACUUUCAUUGGAAUGUAUAUAGGUUUUUUUGAAUGGUGAGAAAUCUGAAUAAUUGGUAAGGGGAAGGGAAUCCCUCAUUUCAGCUUUUCUUGAUGUUGUCACUAAUAACUAUGAAAAAAACCUCUGAGAGAACAAUGUGAACUGAAGAUGACUCAGCAGUUAAGAUAAUGCUCAGUUUUGAAACCACAGGUAAAUGAAGGGCUAAUUAAUGUGUGGUAUACUUGGACAAAAUGAAGUACUCAUUUGCACUGGAUUACUAUGUAAUGAUAACUAACACUGUUCAAGAAGGAUUUAUAUUUCCAUAAGAUUUGUACUAAAUUUUAUAAAAGUAAAACAACUUUUUAUAAAUCCAGA